AUGUUUCGCUCCAUGAUCCUAACAGCCCUCCUCACCACGCUGGCAACAGCAGACAACAUCACAGCAACAGUGAACCUCGCCGUCUCCCGAGGUUCACCGGCCCACCUGGCCUCAGGAUUCAUCUAUGGAAUUCCAGAUACACCCAACUUCAUCCCUGACCACUGGUACAAGGAUAUCGGAUUUCGAUACGGCCGAGCCGGAGGCGCACAGCUCGACGCGCCGAAUCGAGGCUGGAUCUGGGGAUUAGACGAGUAUAAAGGACGACUUGAGUCGACUCUUUCCAACUACGAUACUUGUCGCAAGUAUGGGGCGGAUUUUAUUAUCCUGCCGCAUGAUAUCUGGGGAACUGAUCAUUCUAACACGUCGACUGUCUGGCCGGGUGAUAAUGGGGAUUGGACAGAUUAUGAUUUGUUCGUGCGAACUUUGAUGGCCGAUCUCAAGGCAAACAAUGCUCUCGAAGGGUUGGUGUGGGAUAUUUGGAAUGAGCCUGAUUUGACCGUCUUUUGGGAUCGGGACCAGCAGCAAUGGCUCGAUUUGUAUAUUCGGACUCAUAAGUUGCUAAGGGAGGAUGCGGAUUUCAAGAAUGUCCUUAUCUCGGGUCCAACACUUGCUGGUUCGCCUCAGACUGAUAAUACUUGGUGGACAAAUUGGCUGGCACAGGUCUCUGGAAACAAGACUAUUCCCGAUCAAUACGCCUAUCACCUCGAAGGCUCAUCGACAGAUACAUACGAUGAUCUCCAGAACACAAAUAUCAGCUUAUCAGCAAUGUUGAAAACAUAUAACCUCCCCUCUCGCCAAGUCAACAUCAACGAAUACGCCAACUUUGCAGAACAAAUCCCCGCCGGCGCAGCCUGGUGGAUCUCUAGACUGGAGCGAUACAAUACCUACGGACUACGCGGAAAUUGGCAAAGCACCUGCAGUCUCCACGAUCUAAUGGCAAACCUCUUAACCAAAACAUCCGAUCCACUUACCUGCAACAACACGGCUUAUGUUUCUUCUCCGGAAUACCAGGUCUACAAGUACUACAACCUGAAUAUGACAGGCGAAAGAAAGAAUACCACUGGCACUGGGGAUCGGUUGAUGGACGUAUACGCGACUGUUGAUUCAAAGAAAGUGCGCAUUCUCUGUGGUGUACGGAUUACGGAGGGGACGUGGCAAAUUACGGUGGAUAACAUGAGUGCUGUAGGUCUUCCUACGAAGGGGACGGUUGAAAUUCAGACUUGGGGAUUUCCCGGGACUUCUGUUUGGGAGGAGGUGGAUGCACCUAGUGAUCGGGGGAUUGUAUCGCAUACCUAUUCGGGAAACUCGUUGACUUUCCCGAUUUAUCAGACUGAUACUAGUACAGCUUGGGCUUUUGAGUUUGCUGUUUAG